AAAGGAUAGAAUGUUUGCGCGCGCAGAAAUCAAUGAGACAAAUUUCAAAGCAUGCGCCUGUGAUAUUCCGGCACAGAACACACGUCUGAACAAAGUGUUGAGAGGAAAUAAAUAAUGCGUUGAUCAGAUGCUGUUAACUGAUCAGUGAAAAGUGUGUACAUGUUUUGAAGACUCACAAUAAAUUACAAGUAUCCAACAACGACUCUUAUCAUGUAUCUCUAGAAAGAGAAAAAAGAAUCAAUUUGAUUGAUCGUCCAAAGUUUUUAAUUUCCGCAAUCUUAAAAUUCGUCGAACCUAAUCAUUCUAACUGUACAACAACAAGAAAUUAAUAAAAAGGAACAAAAUGGACGAAAAUCUCAGUCGUGGAUAUGUGCAAUUAGGAAAAGCAAGAGGCAUGAACGAGUUUAAAUUCUCUAAUGGAUUUACACAUCUUUCACCACCGGUCGACAAAUGCAACUUAAUCUAUCUGGCCUUGAUACUUGGUGGAAUAGGCUUCCUAUUACCGUACAACAGCUUCAUAAUCGCUGUAGAUUACUUUCAAACAAGAUACCCUGGUACGACAGUAAUAUUCGACAUGUCUGUCGUUUAUAUUACAAUGGCCUUUUUUGCAGUAUUCGCUAAUAAUAUUUUAGUCGAAACAUUGUCCUUGAAUAUGCGAAUAACUUUUGGUUACUUGGUCUCGUUCGUUACAUUGAAUUUCGUUGUAAUAUGCGAAAUUUGGUGGCAAGUAUUUGGUGCUGGUACUUCGUACAAUAUUAAUUUAAUGGCUGUUGCAAUUGUCUCGCUUGGUUGUACAGUUCAACAAUCGAGCUUUUAUGGAUAUACUUCGAUGCUUCCAAGUCGAUAUACGCAAGCUGUUAUGACUGGAGAGAGUGUUGCCGGAUUUUGGGUUUCGAUUAAUCGAAUUUUGACGAAAUCGUUGCUGAAAGAUGAACGUGGUAAUACGUCGAUGUUCUUUGUAUUGUCGAAUUUGACGAUAUUAAUGUGUUUCCUGUUACAUCAAAUUGUACGAAAGUCUGAUUUCGUACAAUUUUACAUAACACUAUGCCAAGAGAGAAAUCGUAUUACAUUGGAACCAACGGAGGACGUUGGCCUGAUGGAUCCGCUUGACCAGGUGGGUGACCCAAGUAAAGGUCAAUACGGAAUUUUGAAAAUACAAACAAGUCCAUUGGGAACUGAUUCUGCCAGUGCAAGUACAGAUCUAAAUGGUACCGGACAAUAUUCAGCAUUCUCCUUUAGUAAUCCCGUUUAUGAGCCUAGUGCACCUUCUGGGAAUCCUCCAGGAAGUGCUGGUCCAACUUACAAAGUUGAAGACGUUGUGGUGAUGAGAGGCUCUUACGCUAAUCAGAAUAGCAAGCCUUGGUCUGGUAUUAAAAGAGGAUUAUUGGCAAGAUACGAAGUCUCAAAACUUAUUUUCCCAUACAUGGCUAGCAUCGGAGUUGCAUAUUUCGUAACUCUCUGUUUAUAUCCAGGAAUAGUGUCAGAAAUAGUAUCUUGCAAAUACGAAUCAUGGAUGCCGGUCAUUUUGAUGACAGCUUUCAAUGUUUCUGAUCUCUUUGGCAAGUUAUUAGCAACAAUACCAUAUCAAUGGAAACGUACUCAUUUACUAUACUUCUCGAGUGCAAGGAUAAUACUGAUACCUUUGUUUUUGUUAUGCGCUAUACCAAGAAGCGGUCCUAUAUUAUCCGACGAAUGUUAUCCAUUAGUGUUUUCCUGGCUGCUUGGUUUAACAAAUGGUAUUGUUGGAAGCAUACCAAUGAUUCAAGCACCUAGCAAAGUACCAGAGGAACAUCGCGAGCUUGCAGGCAAUAUAAUGACAUUAUCAUAUAUAACGGGCUUAACAAUUGGCUCAUUGGUAGCAUAUUUAAUGGAUGCUUGCUUUGGUCCGCCGUUCCAAACGAAAUAUUUAUGCCCGAAACCAUGGAAACCAUCGACGACGCCAAUCACUAACACAACCAUAAAUAUUAUAACAAAUGUCAUGUCUUCCACAUUACCUACCAUAGAAAAAUCAACAGCGUUACCUAAAUUAAAGACAACUGCUAGCAUUCUAACAACUGUAUUGACGAGUACUAUGUUAACGAAUAGCACAAUUUACACGGACCUUCCGACGACAAUCUUACCGAAAAUAUUAGCCAAUGUUACGACCUCGGCCAGUAAUGCGAUUGUGCAACACUAAAACGCGCACGUUUGUGUACUGUGUGGAGUCUGGUGUUUUACUUAUUUUCUUUCCUCGUAAAAAAAAAAGAACAAAAGAAAUAAAAUUCGUGAACAAUGAAUAAAAAUUGCGCGAACAUAUGACAUUCUCGUAGAACGAAGAAAAAAUAAUUAGAAGAUAUUCGAACUAAAUAAGAGGAAGGAUUAGAAAAAGACGAUGAACACGUAAUCGAUCAUUUAGAUGAUUUUUCAUAAUUUUUCUUCUUUUUUUCUCUUUUCUUUUUAUUUAUCAUUUUGUUAGAUCUCAUAUCAUCAGCUUAAGAAAAUAAAAAGAAAAAUAAAUAUUCUCGAAAAUCUUAUUGAUAUUGAACGAUGAUAAAAAUUGUUUAUUAAUUAAUUAACAUGUUUAUUUUUAAUGUAACGCCAGAUUAAACACACAUACAAAAAAUAAAAUCAAACUACUUGAAAUAUUAUUAUCUCCAUAAGUUCGUAGAACAUUGUUUGAGUCUAUUCUAAGUCAGGGAUUUAAACCUAUAGAAAUAUUUAAUAAUAUUUUAACUAAAAAGGAUAAACUUGUUAGAGACUGAUAAGUGUGAUUUUAUGAAUUUAUUGUUCCGUUAAAAAAAAUGUCUAGCAUCAAAUGACAACUUAAUAAUAUUUGUUUGUUUUGUUUCUAAGAAAAAAAUAUUUAUAUAAAUUUAAAAAUUAAUUAAUCUAAAUAUGUUGUUGAUACUUCGUUAACACGUUGAAUGCCACUUGUAUUUUAUUUAAAAUGUUUCUAAAAUCGAUUGAAUAAUAUUAAUUAAUUUUAUUGUUAGUUGUUAUUUAGUAGAUAAUAUUCGUUAACCAAGAAAAGAAAAAGAAAGAAAGAAUACUGUUAAUAAACGAUAAUGAUCGGUGAUAAGUAGUGUAAGAUCUAGUAUAUCUUUGUUUAUACAAUAAUUAAAAUUUUUAUUUUAAAAGUGGAAUAAAUCGAUUGUAUCAAAAAGAAAAGAAAAAAAAUGAAAUGUUAUUUUAAAGAAAUUAUUUUAUCAAAAUAAUUGUAAUAAAAUUUUGGUAUAUAAAAACGAAUUAAAACUAUCGAACAUACAUAUAAUCGAAUACUGUCUGAUUGCAUUAAAAAUAUAUAUAAUGUGAUCUAAUAAUUAUUUAUAAUAAUAAUUUUCAAAAUUGGCGAUCGAUUUAAUAAUAAAAAUAAAAACGACGUAUUCCACUCUUGAGAUAAAGAAGAUAGCAAAAAAAAAAGUAAAUAAAUAAAUAAAUAAAUAAAUAUAAAGAAAAGACAUUAAAAUUAUACAAUUCACUUCAUUAAAAUCGGCAAUUGGCAUUCAACGGUAUAUAAUUUAUUAGCCUCUGCUAAUAGACAAUGUAUGAAUUUAUACAUUUUCGUUUAUCACAAAAGAACUUAAAAACUUGAUGAAUCAAUAAAGCGCAAAUAACUUGUCGAGUAUCAAAAUCGUAAUGGAAUACGAUUUCAAUGACAUAACAAAGGAGAGAAAAGAAACAAAAAACAGAAAAAAAACAAGACAAAAAACUCUUCAUGUUAGCGAUAAGAGAAAAAAUAAAAAAAAAUGAAAGCAUAAUAGAAAAAUGGAAGCAUAAUAGAAAAAAUAAAAAAAAAAAUUAAAAAAAAAAUGAAAAAACAUGAAAAAAAGCAUAUCAUCGACAUUACUAGCUAGAAAAAAAGAUAAGAAAAAAGUGAGUCGUCCUAUCUGGAAAAAUAUCCAAAGGUUUGUUAAGCUCUCUCUUUCUCUCUCUCUUUCUCUCUCUCUCUCUCUCUCUCUCUCUCUCUCUCUCU